AGGAGAGACCCUGAUUUGGGAACUGUGGUUAGUUCGGGCGAAUGAAAAACUAGAUUUGACCAACACCUUCAUCAACCCUCUAUGGACCGGGGGUAAUCUCAGCCCAGAUCUCCCAUCAUUUUAGCAUCAAACAAAGUGAGAUCUGGGUACGAGAUUACACCAGGAGAAACCUUCAACGAUCACAAGACGAUGCGAGUUAUGUGUUAUAGACUUCAACUAGUCUCUCUUGUUUAGUCUGUCGAGCGCGACCGUAAGUAAACCGCGAGGAAAAAAUGGCCGCGUGGAAACCAGGGGGUGAGACGCGCCCAGGAGUCCACCCCAAGGAGUUCGCGCGGCCAUUUUUUUCUGGUGGUUGUCUUUCACUCGUGGUCUGAGAGUUACCGUCACAGUGUGAAGAAAAGUUAAGUACUUUUUGUAAUGGAGUUGAAAUUUGUAAAUAAGUUGACAUAAGUUAGGCAACGGAAAUAUCAUCCAAAUUCAUUCCUUGGCGUGGAUUGCUCAUGUCUACGUCUGAAGACGAACGUGACAGUAUUGUUUGCGUUACUCAAAGUGCGUGAUAUUUCCGUUGCUUAAUGUCACGCUUGACAUCUAAUGAUAAUUUAUCCUCGUCCGUUCGCGUUCGCUUACUAGAUUCAACUUAACUCCAGGUAUGUACCAAACUUUUCUUCUUGCUGGGGCGGUGACCCUCGUCGUCCUAUGGUUAACUUUGAGGUUUCUUGCAAAACGAAAAGUGCAAAACUUGCACACUAAAUAUGUCUUCAUUACUGGAUGCGACUCGGGCUUCGGUCGUGAAACCGCCAUUCGUUUGGACAAGAUGGGAGUUCAUGUAUUGGCCGCCUGUUUAACGAAGCAAGGAGCACAAGAUUUGAAAUCGAUGACGAGCGACAAACUGAAAACAUUUCAAAUGGAUGUUACAGAUUCUCAGCAAAUUAAGGAUGUAUUUAGACAAGUGAAGAACCUGCUACCCUCGGGACAAGGUAAGGAAAAAUGUUUACCUCGGCGUCCACAUAAAAUGACAGGAGUCAUCCGAGGAAAUAGUUCUUGUACUAAUCUACCUUAUGAUCCCUUUAUUUUCGCGAGACUUAAAAAUAUUCGCGAAAUUAGUCCCCCGAAAAUUAAAGCCGCGAAAUUUAGUGACCUUUAUAAAAUCCAUUACUUUUUUUCCAUCUGUUGUGAGUUUACAUUUCAAUUAAUUAAAUGCGAGUUCAGUCGAAUAUAUGUCUUCAUUACUGGAUGCGACUCGGGCUUCGGUCGUGAAACCGCCAUUCGUUUGGACAAGAUGGGAGUUCAUGUAUUGGCCGCCUGUUUAACGAAGCAAGGAGCACAAGAUUUGAAAUCGAUGACGAGCGACAAACUGAAAACAUUUCAAAUGGAUGUUACAGAUUCUCAGCAAAUUAAGGAUGUAUUUAGACAAGUGAAGAACCUGCUACCCUCGGGACAAGGCGUGUGGGGACUGGUGAACAAUGCCGGAGUUUUUACCGUUGCGCCAAUAGAAUGGACACCGCUGGAACAUAUGAAGCACAUCGCAGACGUCAAUUUGUGGGGAAUGAUUGACGUCACUAAGACCUUCCUACCGUUGAUUAAGAAGUCCCAGGGAAGAGUGGUUAAUUUGUCGAGUAUGGCAGGUCGCAUGUCGUUUCCUCGUGUAUCCGCUUAUUGUAUCUCCAAGUAUGGCGUUGAAGCCUUUUCAGAUGCCCUCAGACGAGAAAUGAGCCCGUGGGGAGUGUUGGUCAGCAUGAUUGAACCUGGAAUGUUUCAGACUGGUAUAGCACACACUGUUGGUGAAUCAAUGAAACAGCUUUGGAAUAAUCUGAGUCCCGAGAUGAAGGAAGAUUAUGGAGAUAAACGUCUUGACGGAAUUUCCAUGGCGAAACGAACGCAACGCGUGAUAGAAAAAGAAACCUCACCAGACACUUACAAAGUUGUGGACGCGAUCGUGGAUGGCCUGACGUCACAGGGACCCCAGACACGUUAUGUGGUUGGCACGGAUGCAAAGCGAAUCGUGCUGAUGUCGAGUUUCCCAACGUUUAUUGGUGAUUACACUUUACGUGAGAAAAGGCGCAAGUGAUUUUACUCCGCAGUUUUUACUUCCUCUUGAGAGCUGCAUGUCAUACGGGAAAAAUUUAAACUGACAACACCACCUCAACAAGAGUCUAUCAUGUUUUGUUCUCAAACUCAUUAAUAAUUCAUCAAGUUAAAACAAAGAAAAUCACAACCGUGAAGGAUGAUUUUGACGAUUUUACUUCUCCUUUUACUCCUUAGUUUUGUUUCAAACACUGGAGACAUUGUUUCAUCGGGCUAUCCAAACACCUAUUUCGUCAAAACUACUCCGCUGCGCGUCGUAUUUUCAACUUUCUUCUCGGUGUUUGGAUAUCCCGAGGAAACACUGUCUCUCGUGUUUGAUAUAUUACUUUAAAAUGUCCCACCUUCAAAUUAUCGACUGAAUUCACCCCAACACACCUCCUUGAAGUUUUACCCUGUCCUGAGUAUUGUUUUUACAUUAUUAAAAUAUAAAAGGAGUUACCGUAGUCUGCACGAACAGAACUAUAUAUUUACUAAACAAAGCAAAAAGUGUUUCUGUCGAGGAGCUAUCGGUCUGAUAGUUGCCCCGCGGAAAUUU